CCGUAUGCGGAAAACAUAACAAGACGCUGUUGCCGUUCAAAAGAAAAAUCCACAUUUUGAAACAGAUCUAACGUUUAUUGAGUAGAAACAUGCGUUAAUGGCUUCUAGACGUGUUAAAGACGGAACCGGAACGGAGUUCGAGUCCGACUUGCGCGAAAACAAGGAGGAAGAUGGAGGGAGCGCAACUGAUUCUGAUGCGUCAAGUUACAGUUACUCAGAUUACUCCGAUGACCUGGAGCCGGAAUGGCUGGAUGACGUCCAGAAGAACGGUGAACUCUUCUAUCUGGAGCUGAGUGAGGGAGAGGAAGAAGCUCUGCUGGCCCAGGUCUCUGCCAAUCACUCCGCUGCCACCAAUCACGUCCGUUUCAGUGAUAAGGAGGCAGAGAUUAUCACCGACAAUGGCAAAAAGCAAGCAGCCUCUGGCAAAUCCGAAGCAAAACUCAAGAAGUUCACCAAGAUCCUGGGACAAAAGCGGCGACCAUCUCAAAGGAAAGCCGCUGAUGGAAAAGACGCAGGGUCUUCCCAGCGUCCCACCUCCAUCUUGAAGAAUCAAGCGGGCCAGCGGCCGGGAGUCGUGGUCCAGCAGCAGCGUCUGAAGGACGUGUGCGUGUAUCUGAACCCCAAACGUCUCGCGGGUUCCUCGUCUCCGUCUCCUGAGAGAGGCGGAUUGUUAGAGGCCUUGCUGGGUGUCGUUCACCGUCCAGGAGGAAGUGCUGGGAAAAAAGGGGGAAAACUCAUCAUCCAUGGUCUGGUCCCACAUAGUCCCGCUAGCAAGUGUGCAGAAAUUCUUAUCGGUGAUGCCCUGGUUGCUGUGGACGAUGUGGACGUUACUUCAGAAAAUAUUGAGAGGGUUUUGUCCUGUAUACCAGGCCCCACACAGGUGAGGUUGACUCUGGAGACGGUCUGUCCCGUCGGGAUCGGUCCGGACUCGAGAGCGAAGGUGGCUCCUGCGGUCAGUCAGCUGGUGCGUCUGCUGUGGGGUGAGGACACCGUCGAGCUCCAGAUGUCCAUCGCACAUGUCCCACACAUAGUCAUGUACCUCUCGCUCAAACUGGACUCCGAUUCGCUGCAGGAUGAGCAGGAGAUUUUGUACCAGUAUCCGGCGUCUGAAGCUGCGGUCCAGCUGAAAGCGGUGAGAGGCAUUUUCCUGACGCUCUGUGACUUGCUGGAGAACGUCACAGGAGGACAGAUAGUCAGUUCGUCUCUGUGGCUCCAGCAGCAGUUGGUUCAUGUGGGCUACUGGAAGGAAGGAUCCAGUCUGCUGGUGAUCGCUGUACCUGCCAGCAGGGUUCCUCUGUUGUAUCUGCAGACUGUGAUUGAGGGAGCUGUCCGAACACUCAAGGUCAUGUAUGGCUCUCUUGACAGCUGCUUCUGUGAGGAGGAGAACGCUCCCCGUCUGGAUCACUUCUUCUGCCUCUUCUUCCAGCAGCUCAUCCAGCCCUGGCGUUUGAUUGACAGCUCCAGACCGCCCAGCCCUGACAUCUCAGGGAGCCUGUUCUUAGACGGGCUGCCGGCUGUCCGGUGGCUCACUUUACCAGCAGACAUAAAGGUUGAAGUGGACACUGUGCUCUCAGACUUUGAGUCGUCAGAUUUUGGUGACAUGUCUGAGGAUGUCUGCGGCAUGAGGCGUUUGUAUGUCAUUUUGGGCUCCUGUCUGUUUUACAAGGGAUAUCUCAUAGCGAACCACCUGCCUAAAGAAGACCUUCUGGACGUGUGUUUGUACUGUCAGCAUUACUGUCUGCUGCCGCUGGCGUCGGAGCAGCGCGUGGGGCAGCUGGUGGUGUGGAGGGAGGUGUUUCCACAGCAGAGAACCCAGAACAACACCGCAUCACAUCCUGGAUACUGCCAACCACACGGAAGACACUUCCUGCUCAUAGUGGGCCUGAGGCACUUCAUGCAGUGUGUGUUGCUGGAGGCCGGUGGUUGUACUUCGCCCACUCUGGGAUCUCCAGGUCCCGACUGCGUCUAUGUGGAUCAGGUCAAAGCCACACUCCUUCAGCUGGAGAGUCUGGAUGCUGCCAUUGAGGAGCGGCUCUCGGCUCCGCCCACUCCCUGCCUCUCCUGCGCCGAUUGGUUCCUUCCUGCCGGUGGGCGGGACCGACAUGACGGCAUCGGCAGCUCGCCGAUCCUAAACCGUCUGACGGCAGCCAUAAAAUCCCCAUCGCCGGGCGGGAUGGGGCGGAGUCUGUUCGGGGAGGCGGGGUCCUCGAGUUUAAGAGGACGGAGGCCAAGUCCACAGAGGAGUCUGUCUGACAGCGGCAGUGAGGGUCACGCUGACGGGACUUCAGGUCUGAGUCCUCAUGCCACACCGCCCCCUAGUGGCACACGCAGAGACUCCCUCGGCUCCGGAGGGUCAGACGGCAGCCUGGGCAGUGCGGGAUUUUUCAAGAUCCCCAGGUUAAAGCAUCCUAACCCUUUCUAUUUGGGCUCUUUGAGGAAGAGUCUGACUGACAGAGAAACUGAGGAGAUGCACAACGUUCUCAAACUGACAGCGGGCGCUGAGAACACACUGUUCCAUUAUGUGCUGAUGGAGACGGUGCAGGGCAUCUUCAUCGCUCCCACACACAGAGAAAUGAAUCAUCUGAGUGGCUCCAUCCACCCUCAGCUCAUCCAGAACUUCUACCACUGCUGUCUGUCCAUACGCCAGGCCUUCCAGCAGAGCCUGCCCUCACGGGAUCGGAGAGGGACGCAGAGCACUCGAGGUUUGGGUCCGGUCAAAGAACAUGGGGUUUUGUUUCAGUGCAAACCGGAAAACUGGACGGAUCAGAAGAAACCAGCGCCCACCAUGACCUACUGGGUUAUAGGGCGAAUGCUCCUCGAACCCGUUCCUCAAGAGUUUUACGUGUGCUUCCAUGACUCCGUGGCUGAAGUUCCUGUGGAAAUGGCCUUCCGGCUGUCAUUCGGCUUGACCGUGUAGCACUGCAACACGAGCACAGCGUCAGACAGCACUGGCUGCUCUACCAUGAGCUUUCUGGGAGGUAAAUCCACUAUAGACGCGGACAGAAAACUACUGGUUCAUGCUUAAAGGAUAGUUCACCUAAAAGUUUUACUUUUCUGAAAAAACUC